GCUUUUAUUUCGAAGGGCUGAUACUGUACUUCCGGGUGUCGGAGCUUUAACUUGCCUCACUUGUUUUUGAAAACCGAGCAGCUGAGCGGAGCACUGCGGAUCGCUGCAGACCUGCUCCGUCCUCUCCGGUUCCCCCACACCGACCCUCUCCUCCUCCUCCAGCCGCCGACAGCGCCUCAUCCCUCCGUCUGCGGAGGAGCGCAGGAAGACCGAUGCGCCGCGAGUGACCGCCUCUGCGGGGUUGCCCUUGACUCGGGGAGGACUUGGACGGGGCUGAUGGAGGUGACAUUGUGACGGAGCUGGAGCGCCGGGGAUGCUGGCCGGGUCCUGGUCGGAGCAGCAGCAGCAGAGUCCCCGCUGAGGCUCAGGGGAGGUUGGGGUGGAAGUGGGGAGGCCUGAGUGGUCUCCACCUCCGGAUCAGAUCCAGCCAGACACAAGGCAAGUGUGCAUGAGCAGAUAAACAAAAGCCACCCCAGGCUGGUGCGUCUGCACUGCAGAUAAGCUGCAAGCUUCCUCUUCUAAACAUGACGGGCAGCUGUGGUCUCGGACUGUGAGUUUUGGGUUGUAGAAGCGAUGGCCGAACACGAGGAAGCGGAGUCUCUCAGGAAGGAGGACGAGGAACCGGCCGCCAACCUCAAAUCCAAAAGUCUGCCCGUCUUAAACGAAGCAGCUCCCCAGGAGAAAACCUUACUGGACAGCUCGACCCGCUUGUCCAUAGCAGCCGAAGAGAGCUCCGAGUUCAUCCAGCUGCCGGCCCGGACCGAGUCUUUCCAGGCCGAGUCCCCAACCAGAAGCACCUACCUGCCAAAGCCCGGGAAGUCGGCUCUGAACAGGCCGAGCUCCUACCUGGACAACCCGGAGGUCCGGAGGAGUAAGUCCAGACUGGCUCAGAUCCGCCUGCCGAGCAGGAAGUACCUGCGGCUCAUCCUGCAGGACUCGCGCUGCUUCCUGUUCUGCAUGUGCUACCUGACCUUCAUCCAGUCGCUCAUGGUGUCCGGAUACCUCAGCAGCGUCAUCACCACCAUCGAGAAGCGCUACAGUCUCCGCAGCUCGGAGUCGGGCCUCCUGGUCAGCUGCUUCGACAUUGGGAGCCUCGUGGUUGUGGUCUUCAUCAGCUACUUUGGCGGUCGGGGUCAAAGGCCACGCUGGUUGGCGGUUGGCGGGAUCUUCAUCGCUGUGGGCGCCGCUCUCUUCUCCUUACCUCACUUCAUCUCCCCGGCCUACCAGAUCCAGGAGCUGAACUCUUCCUCGGCCAACGAGGGGCUGUGCAUGAACAGCAACGCCAGCGGCAGGGACCGGGUUGACAUCACUUCCUGUCCUAGGGACCAGGACGGAAACGAGCACCGCCUGUAUGUGGCGCUGUUCGUCAUCGCGCAGAUCCUGGUGGGGAUGGGGUCCACGCCCAUCUACACGCUGGGUCCCACGUACCUGGACGACAACGUGAAGAAGGAGAACGCGUCGCUCUACCUGGCCAUCAUGUAUGUGAUGGGAGCUCUGGGCCCGGCGGCCGGUUACCUGCUGGGCGGAGUCCUGAUCGGGUUUUACGUUGACCCAAAGACCGUGGUGAACAUCGACCAGAGCGACCCGCGCUUCAUCGGCAACUGGUGGAGCGGCUUCCUGCUGUGCGCCGUCGCCAUGCUGCUGGUCAUUUUCCCCAUGUUCACCUUCCCCAAGAAGCUCCCUCCUCGGCACAAGAAGAAGAAGAGGAGGAAAAAGCUGAGCCUGGACGACAUGUCCAGCGACGACGACGUGCUGAAGGAGAAGAGCAACAACAGCAAGCAGCAGACGGUCGCCUCGUCCAUGGGCUUCGGGAAGGACAUCAAAGAUCUUCCCAAAGCUGCGGUGAGGAUCCUCAGCAACGUGACCUUCGUCUUCGUCAGCCUGUCCUACACGGCGGAGAGCGCCAUCGUCACCGCCUUCAUCACCUUCAUCCCCAAAUUCAUCGAGUCGCAGUUCGGGAUCCCGGCCUCCAACGCCAGCAUCUACACCGGUGUGAUCAUUGUGCCCAGCGCCGGCGUGGGCAUCGUGCUGGGCGGCUACAUCAUUAAGAAGCUGAAGCUGGGCGCUCGGGAGUCGGCCAAGUUGGCCAUGAUCUGCAGCGGCGUGUCGCUGCUCUGCUUCUCCACGCUCUUCAUCGUGGGCUGCGAAAGCAUCAACCUCGGAGGAAUCAACAUCCCCUACACCACCGGACCGACGCUCACCAUGACUCAGAGGAACCUGACAGGAGGUUGUAACGUGAACUGUGGAUGUAAAAUCCAUGAGUACGCGCCGGUCUGCGGCUCCGACGGGAUCACGUACUUUAACCCCUGCUUGGCCGGCUGCGGCAGCGUGGCCAACGACACAAACGGGAUCAGGAACUACUCGGACUGCGCCUGCGUCCAGAGCCGCCAGGUCAUAACGCCGUCGUCCGGCGGUCAGGGCAGCAACCAGCUGCAGCUCGUCAUCGUCAAAACCUACCUGAACGAGAACGGCUACGCCGUUUCAGGGAAGUGCGACCGAACCUGCAACACCCUCAUCCCCUUCCUCAUCUUCCUCUUCAUCGUCACGCUCAUCACCGCCUGUGCCCAGCCCUCCGCCAUCAUCGUCACCCUCAGGUCUGUUGCAGAGCAGGAGCGGCCGUUCGCGUUGGGGAUGCAGUUUGUUCUCCUCAGGACUCUAGCCUACAUCCCGACGCCCAUCUACUUCGGCGCCGUCAUCGACACCACCUGCAUGCUGUGGCAGCAGGACUGCGGCGUUCACGGCUCCUGCUGGGAGUACGACGUCACCUCCCUGCGCUUCGUCUACUUCGGCCUGGCCGCCAGCCUCAAGUUCCUCGGCUUCCUCUUCAUCUUCCUCACCUGGUACUCCAUCAAGUACAAGGAGGAGCGGGUGGAGCGCUGGCUGAAGCGCCACCUGUCGCCUGUCGACACCGUGGGAAGCCUCGUGUGCCACCCGGGGGGCCACAAGGGCCACGCCCGCACCCGCUCCUGCCCCGUCAACAUCCCCCGCACCGACCCCGCCGCGCCACACGCCGCUAACGCCCUCAACCGAGGCGUCAGCACGCAGAGUUGCCCCGGCAACGAGCUGAAAGCAAUAACUCCUCCCCCUGCAGGUACGACUGCAGUCGCCCCAGCCUCUACCCCGGCCCCGACCGCGGCCUCUACCCCGGCCCCGACCGCGGCCUCUACCCCGGCCCCGACCGCGGCCUCUACCCCGGCUCCGGCCUCUGCCCAGGCCCCGACCCCUGCCCCGGCUCCGGCCUCUGCCCCGGCCUCUGCCCCUGCCCCGGCUCCGGCCCGCUCGCUGGAACACGUUUCAGUUCGGGUUUAAACCACCGGAGGCCCAGUUUUAUCCACAUGUUUUAGUGAGCGGAAAGCUUUGAGCUUUUCUGACAAAAGAAGAGAAAAAUCUGCUGGAUUUCUUUGUGACAUGGAGAAAAGUUCAGUCGGCUGUUUGGACGGACCGCGGUUCACUGCUCAUAAACCCCCAACACUGCAAAAACACAAAAUCCUACCAAGUAUUUUUGAUCUGGUUUCUAGUCUGGUUGCAAAUAUAUUU